AUGCGCAAGCUAUACCCCAACUCGAGUCGAAGAGAAUGCUUGGCUUUUCCACGCAGGCGCAAAAUAGACGCGAGCGACACCAAUGACACGGCGCAUGCGCAUGCCAUCACCGGUUUAUCUGGUCUAGUGGUUAAUUCUGGAGAUUGCACGCACCGAUCUCUCUUACUCCCGGUAAGAAGAAUACUAAUCCAAAUAAAGGAAUCGUGAAUGAGAGCUUGCCCGGGGUGGUUGAUUUGACAGGACUUCACCUGUGAUGGACAGCAAGGCCCAGCCUCUUAGACGUGGAGGAUGGCAGUCAGGGGUGCGUAGGCCCCCAUGACGGCCAUGCCUGACUUAUCCAAUCAGAAGACAGCAUUUGCUUCCUUUGCUUCUAUCAGAGUUCCUGCUUUCUUGCGAUGCUGCUGUUCCAAGAACAGAUAACUAAUAGAAGCAUGAGAAGAAUGAUGUGUUUUUUCUCCCUAACACAAUAGUAUUCUGUAGUUUCCUCUUGCCUUAAUGUGCUGGGGAAGCUGAUACAUGCUGCACACAGCAACAAGAAGCCGGUAACUGAAGAGUGGAAGGUCAGGCGCCUGUAACCUGUGCUGGAGAAGAGAUGGCUCUGACCAUUGAAACGGAAUCACGAAUAUACCGCUCUCUCAGGGCUGUCUUUGGUGCCGCUGCACACCUUGUCUCACUUGGAUUUACCAUUUUUGUAGCUGUGCAUAGCAGACCUGGAUCAAGUCUGUUUUCCUGGCAUCCUUUCUUAAUGUCUCUUGCGUUUUCUUUUCUGAUGACAGAAGCCCUGCUGGCUUUCUCUCCGGAGAGCUCCCUACUCCGCUCCUUCUCUCGUAAGGCCAGGGUCCGCUUCCACUGGGCUUUACAGCUGCUCUCACUCACCAGUGCAGUGUUGGGCUUGGCCAUCAUCAGCUAUUACAAGUACCUCAAGGGAAAAGACCAUUUUGUCACCUGGCAUGGCCUGACCGGCUUGCUGACAGUGCUGUAUGCUAGCAUGCAGUGCAUGGGUGGGCUUGCUCUGUUGUACCCCAAGCUGAUGAAGAACUGGACAUUGACUAAGCUGAAGCUUUACCAUGCCACAUCAGGGCUGAUCGGUUACAUUCUUGGCUGUGCCAGUUUAAUGCUGGGUAUGUGUUCCUUGUGGUUCACCGUAUCUGUAACUGGAGUCUCCUGGUAUCUGUUGAUGCUGUGUCCUAUCCUCACCAGCCUGGUAAUCAUGAACCAAGUGAGCAAUGCCUACCUCUACCGCAAAAGAAUACAGCCUUGAAAGCCAUCCUGAAUCAGACAACUUGUGGAAUCUUUGAAGAAUUCCUGUGUCAUCAGUAAAGAGACGACAGCCUUAUAAGGCACUGGGGCUGAAGAAUCUUCUUUUUAACCUGCCUAUAACUUCAUGUGAUAUUUUUAUGUAGAUUUCUGACUUCCCCUGUUAAAAUCCUGGAGAUGCUUAUACUGUUCAAACCAGCUUCCUUUUGGUGCCAGUGUCCAUGUAGCAUUUUCUCUCUCUGUAAAAAUACCUCUGAAAAUACUGCCAGUAAGUAGCCCAGUUGCACUGUGCUAGUGCCUACCCAUGAAAGUACAACACACAUUGCUUAGAUAGCUCUUGAUUUAGGCAGCUUCUGAAAUCCAUCUUUCAUGCAAAUACAUACCUCACUUGGUCUAGCUUUCUUCCCAUUGGUAAAAUGUUUGAUGUGCAGAAGUGGUGCUGGUUUGGGUAUCAGAUGGAAACCCUUAACAUUCCUUCUGAAGGGGGAAAGGUUGGCAUCUCUAACACAGUAGUAAAGGCAACGGUUUCUCCCUUAAAACCUUCUAAUAUGUACAGUACCCUCAGCUGUAUUAGAAGUAAGCAAGUAAUAUGUGCCAGUCAGGGCCUAAACAUAUUACACACUUUAAAAAACAAACAAAGCUGCUUUGUAUAGAACUGGAGAAUCUGCAAGAAAAAAGUGGCAGGGGAGGAUAGUGACACUAACACUUCUCUCACCAAUUUUCUGCUCAGGAAUACCUGACCAACCCCUACCCAGCAGCUUUUCUUUCCUACAGGGUUUACAAAUGCAUGAUAGCAUGUAAGGCAGCCUUUCCCAACCAGUGUGCCUCCAGAUGUUGU